UAUUCGUAAAGAGACCACAUACGACAUCGUUCGCGCGUACCUACCGUUAUACCAGUACACACAUCUAACCCAUUCACUGAAUUAACCAGGCCAUUUUUGCUUUAGGCAUUGUUACAAUUUAUAUUCUAAAAUAAAAAUUUUAAAUUAAUUAAAUCAAUAACAAACUAACAUUGUAAAUAGUUUGAACACAUAAUAAACUAAUUAACAAUUUCUUAUUUGUAUACAAUUUAGAAAGCACAAUUGUGACCCAAAUGGCGCAAAAGGCUCAAAUAUUCUGCCUUUCUUGGAAUGUGCUCAUUGUAAGCAGUGCGGUUUUCAUUUCACUAAGUGUAGUGUCCGCGAGCGAACAUCGAAAGUGCCACUGGUGUGGUCCACUAGCCGAACAAGUGCAUCGCAGUCGCCGCGCGCCCUCUUGCGACACCCAAGAACACCCUGUCACCAUGUGUGAUCCUGGAUAUUCAUACUGCGCAGUUGUUGUUACCUCACCACCAUACACUGAGUCAAGAUACUGCGUUAAGCUGUAUCAAGAUGAGUGCUACCCCAUGUUCUGCAAUUCUACUAAAACAUGGAGGAUGACCUGCCCAUGCCGGGGAGAUUUAUGUAAUGGAAUACACACGGAACGAGAGAAUCUGGCGUUUCAAGUCGCUCUUCCAAAGCUUGUGGCGAAAACACAUAAUUCUAAAAUUAAGAAAAGAACAGUAUUGUCCUCACAACCACUUAUAAGCUCUAGCACUAAUGAAAUGCCACCCCAAAAUGAAGCAAUUAUAACGAACGAUAGAUUAAACGAAACGGAUUAUAAUACUAUUAUUAAUAACACUGAAGAUCUAGAAUCUGAUGAAGAAAAAAAGGGAGACAUUGUUAUUAGUGAAAAUAACGUCACAGAAUCUUCAGUACAAGAUAUAACUAAUGGAUCUAGUAAAACAAUUGAAGAUAAUAAGUCAACCGAGAAAAUACAAAUUGAAAUUACUACGCCAAUAAACAAUGUAGAAAACGAUCCAACAACUCACGCAACCGAAUCACCUAUGAUAACCACGGAAAAUAUCCGAAACGAUAAAUCAAUAAUCAGUAAUGAAAUAAAACCUAGCGAAGUAUUACCGACUGCAGAGGCACUUCAACAAAAUGCAAGUCCUGUUGAUACAAUUGAAAAACAAGAAAGUGAAGAAACAACUACCCAAACAACAUCCAUGACCACCUCUAUAACUAAUACAGAAACACAUCAAAUUGUAAAACCAACUCAAUCACUUAAUAAGAAUAUUGGAGUGCAAGCAUUUUCACACUCCUAUAUAAUAAUAACGUUAUUUAUAAGCUGCAUUAUUAUGUUAAUAUAAAUUCAUAUAUGGAAUUUAAAAGAUAUUGAUCUCUCUUGAAUAUUUUUUUACUGUAUGUAUAUAAUAGAUUUAUGAUAUACUUACAGUAAAAAUUAUUAAUUUCUUUUUAAUGGUAUUUUAUAUAACCAUAUAGAAUACCAUUAAAAAAUUAAUUAAUAAUUAUCAGGGCCUCUGUCUAUAUUGUUACGCACUGGCAGGGC